AUGACGGACCAGAAUGAACGAAAUGAAGGACUAAAGAACAACCGUGUUUCACAAAUGGGUAAACCACUUACCUAUGUUCCUCCAUCAAUCAGGGAUGGCAAAGUGGUGGUGAAGAUUGUGGAGGAUGACAUCAAAACGCAGAAAGAGGUGUGGAAUUCUGCACUAAUCGGAUAUGUGCUGGGGGACACACCAUAUGUUCGAUCAAUGGACAACUAUGUGAGUACGGUAUGGAAUUUUGUUGCUAAACCUAAAAUUUUGUACCAUGAAGAGGGAUACUAUAUAUUCAAGUUCCAAACAAUUGAGGAUAGGGAUUUGGUUCUGCAAUCUGGGCUAUAUACAUACCACAACAAGCCGAUGAUCUUGAGGAACUGGGAAAUUGACUUCUAUUUUGAUCCAGAGUGCCUUAGCACUAUUCCAUUGUGGGUAAAAUUCCCAGGACUACCAGUGGGAUAUUGGUCCCCUGAGGCACUAGGCAAAUUGGCCAGUGGAAUUGGGAAACCACUAUAUACAUAUAAAACAACUGCUGACAUGGAGAGGAUCUAUUAUGCUCGAGUUUUGAUUGAAGUGGAUGUUGCUCAACCUUUGCCUGAAUGUAUUGAGCUUGACACGCCUUUUGGAACUUUCCAGCAACAGGUGACAUAUGACUGGAGGCCAAAAUUUUGUGUAGACUGCAUAAAAUUUGGCCAUGAUGCAGAAAACUGUAGAAGAAUUGAGCCAGGAACAAAGGAAGAUACCUACCAGGAAGUAACUAAGAGGAAAAGGAGAAGAAAUAGAAAAAAGAGGCCAGUAUGGAUGGUUAAAGUAUUAGAGGAAAAUCAUGGGGCAAACCAAGAAGAAACUCAACAUGUAGCAGCAGAAGGGGAGGCACAACAAAAUGCUUUCCAACAGCAGAACUAG